GAUGAGACACUGUAGUAGAUGCCAUCGAUGACGGCAACGUAUAGACAACAACAUAGCAGACCACCAGUUGGAACUAGCAGAAGCACACAAGGCAAAAAGCUUCUCCUUAGCAGCCUGCACCAGGUAGCGAGCAUGGACUGCUUUGCGAAGGGAGAGCAAGGGCAAGGUGGCAACAGAGGGAGGCGCAUCGCCCGAUUCAGGUGCCAUGGCGAAGAGGAGAGCUGUGACGGUGAUGGAAUGAUGGCUUGUCCGGGAGGGGGAGGGCAGGAUGUUUCUUUAAAGGAGGAAGAGGGAGGAACCUGAAGGGUCUGCUGCGAGGAAAAGGGCUGCACGCCUGGAUUGCAUUGCAGGAGGACUUUGGGAGUGGCAGGCGAGUGGAACGCAGUGCUAAAAGUUGAGCUCGCCGGAUUCAGGUCGACCAAAGAGAGAUGGUGUUAUCAUCAUCAUCAUCUUGCCCCACCCAGGGUUGACUGAAUCAGCACAGUAAACACUAUACAGAGAGAGAGAGAGAGAGAGAGAGAGAUGUUGCCGUUGAGAGUUCCCAAACCCACAGGAAUCCAUGGCAAGCGUUACAAAGCGCCUCGCCGCAGAUUCCAGUGUGGAUGGAGGAGAGAGAAGGUGGGAGACAACCCGAAGACAACAUCAGUAUAUGUAGCUUCUUUUUAGAGCCUCUCUAAGGCGACACCACCACACCGAUCUGUACCCUCCUCCCUCCUCUCCACUUGUAUAUAAACCCCCCUCACCGCUGCUCUACUCUUCGCACCGCUCGCUCCACCUCUUCAUUCCUUCGUCUCAGGUGGUGGCUGAGAUGGCGGACGUGGACGCGAGGAAAGUAUGUGGCGUGCCGGAGAGGGUGCAGCUGCACGUGGCCAUGCUGGCCCUGCAGUUUGGCUACGCCGGCUUCCAUGUCGUCUCCCGGGCGGCCCUUAAUAUGGGGAUCAGUAAGGUGGUCUUCCCCGUCUACCGCAACAUCAUCGCCUUGAUCCUCCUCGUCCCGUUUGCCUACUUCCUGGAGAAGAAGGACAGGCCGGCUAUGACUCUCUCCUUCACCGUCCAGUUCUUCCUCCUAGCUUUGUGUGGUAUUACCGCGAACCAGGGUUUCUAUCUACUCGGCCUCGAGUACACCUCACCGACCUUCGCCUCCGCCAUCCAGAACUCUGUCCCGGCCAUCACCUUCCUCAUGGCCGCCGUUCUCAGGAUAGAGAAGGUGCGGAUCGACCGGCGCGACGGGAUCGCGAAGCUGAUGGGAACCUUGGCCUGCGUCGGCGGCGCCACCGUCAUCACCUUGUACAAAGGCCCGACCAUCUUCGGCCCCUCGCGCGCCCUCAACGGAGCAGACCAGCUCAUGGCGCCAACCAUGGGCAAGGACUGGACGCUGGGCUGCUUGUACCUCAUCGGCCACUGCCUCUCCUGGUCGGGCUGGCUCGUGCUCCAGGCGCCGUUGCUGAAGAAGUACCCGGCCCGGCUGUCCGUCACCUCCUACACAUGCUUCUUCGGGGUGAUCCAGUUCUUGGUCAUCGCCGCCUUCAUCGAGCGGGAUGCCGAGGCCUGGAAGUUCCACUCUGGCGGCGAGUUCUUCACCAUUCUGUACGCGGGAUUUGUGGCGUCCGGCAUCGCCUUCGCGGUGCAAAUCUGGUGCAUCGACAGGGGCGGCCCCGUGUUCGUGGCCGUCUACCAGCCGGUCCAGACUCUGGUCGUCGCCAUCAUGGCCGCCAUCGCCUUGGGCGAGGAGUUCUACCUCGGCGGCAUAAUUGGAGCCAUCUUCAUCAUAGCUGGGCUCUAUCUGGUGCUAUGGGGGAAGAGUGAAGAAAGAGGCUUUGCUGCCAUGGAAGCGGCCAUCGCUGCCUCCUCCAACCCCGAGCACGAUGCUGUCAGAGCUGCUGCUUCCUUCAAGGCUUCCUCUCUGAAGCAGCCACUCCUGCCAUCAACAACCUCAGAGAGUGUCUGAUGAGCAGCUCCUUUGUGCUACCAUGAAAGAGCAGCAGCCUUACAUUAUGCUCACUCGAAUCCUUUGAGCUUUCGCUUAGGGGAAAACUGCUGCUGUAAGAAGAAAAGGGAAGAAGAGACAUGCUUAGUGUUGCUUUUCUGCUGA